AGAGGGGGGGGGAAAGAAGCGCUGCUCAGGCAAAAACCGCAGAGACGUGCACCUCCAUCAUCGGCAGCGGCGGCGUCGCGCGUGCUGAGGACUGAGCGUCCCUACAACGCACGAGUUCGCGCACAAAAGAGCACUUAGCUCGAAUUAUACCCGCCGACGACGAUGUGAGAGCUGAGCCUAAGGCACGAGGAGUAAAACGACACCGAGCAGCCUUAUCGAUACAACAGUACCCCAUAGUAGACGCGGCGCAGGUAAGCCGAGAAAGGAGAACAGAGACAGCGCGCAGUAAGUGGGAAGGGGAGCGCAAAUGAAUCACGCGAACGGCUGAUCCUCCACCACCUCCAGAGACAUCGACGAACGGAUAGGUGCGCUAAGAUGUCGAGGCUCCUGCUGCUGCUGCUCUGCGCGAGCCUCGCCAGCGCCAGGGAAGAGGAGGAGGAGCAGGAGUCGAGGGUCAAGAUCGCCAAGUGCUGCGAGGCCGAGGAGAUCCUCCUCAACGGUCACUGCGCCCCCCUGGCGGAGAGCAGCGAGAGCAAGCCCUGGAAGCCGGAGUUCGAGGACGAGAACAGCUACGCCGGCUCCAAGCCCGCCAAGGAGCCCAAGUACCUGCUCAAGUACGGCCAGCCUCGAUGCAGGAGCAACGAGAACCAGGAGGACGUUUACUACUACGCCACCGAUCCGCUCGUCGACACUCUGGUCAUGCUGAGCAACGGCAAGCUCAGGCACUACGUCAUGGAUCAGGAGGACGAGCUGGAGAAGGCCAAAGAGCUCUACGGCAUGGACUACCUCAAGCCGGAGGACGUGCAAGCCAAAGCCAUUCACUACGACUACUCCUUUGGACACUACUGCACUGACAAGGCUGUACUGGCCAAGAACAACAGCAGGACCAUCGUGGCUACCUAUGCCAAGAUUUGCGUGCCCAGGCCUCUCAAGUGGGCCAACGCGGAUAACUUGAUCAAGAAAGCCAUCGACCCUGCCUUUCACGCCAUCGCCAUGGUCAGCUACCUGCUGGUUGCUAUAGUCUACUUUGUCUUGCCUCAGCUCAGAGAUCUUGUUGGGAAUAUCAUUACGAGCAUGAUGCUGUGCCUUAUCGUUAAUCAGAGUGCCUCUCUUGUCAGGAUAUUCACCGAGUUUGGAAACCAUAUCAGUUUUAUGAUAGCAGACUCGGUGAUGUACAUUUCACUUUUGGCAGCCUUCUUUUGGCUCAAUGCCCUGGGCUAUUACGUGUGGAAUACCUUCAGAUCGAGGAACGUCUUCCUCAGGAGCACGGAUGGAAAAAAGUACUGCUGCUAUUCCACAUAUGUAUGGGGCUCUACCAUUGCUAUCGCGGCAACCGCGAUUUUUGCGCAUUUCACUUUAGAAACAAAUAUACCCAUAAUUGGUGGAGUAGCCUUCGCUGCUCAAGAAACUGUGGGCUGGUUGGGAUUAUCGGUACUAUUCACAUCGGUAGCAUUUACAAUCAUCGUUGACUUGUGCUUCGUGCUUACUACGAUUAACAAAUUGAAGAGAAUGCGUACUUAUGGCAGAAUACACCAUAAAAUGAAGUACAGCUUUCGAAUGUUCAUUUUGAUCUACAGUGUAAUGAGUGUAGGCUGGCUAUCUCUCUUACUGUCAAUGCUUAAAUAUGAUGGUCUGGUCUAUUGUCACAUAAUUGUCAAUGUACUUCAGGCACUUCUCGUACUUUACAUCUGUGUAUUUGGACAGAAGAGAGUCACAUUCUUACUGGGCAAAACGUGCAAUUGCUGUACUUCAAAUGAUAACGCAGAGGGUUUAGAUUGGGGAGAAGAAAUGACUGCUAUUAAUGCUGGGUAUUAAUUCACACAUAUCAAAUCUUGGGAUCAAAGUUCAAAUGUGGUAUUGAGUCAAUUAAAUUUUAUAUUUUAUACAAA